AUGCGCUCCCAACUCGCUCGCUUAAUACCGCCCCCAGCCCGCGGUCAGCGGCCCCUGAAAGCCCCGCUCCCGGCCCCCGCCCGCCGGGCAGCGGCAGCGCCGGGCACCGCGCACCUUCUCCCGCAAUCGCCCGUACGCGCCCGCAGGGACCCCGCGUGUGCUGCUGCGGGUUUGUACGGAGUCACGGCGAAAGCGCCAACAUCCCUAGGAUUUGGGGUGUCACGUGCCCCUCUCGUUUUCCUAUUCUGCCAAAUAUCGACCCACACUCACGGGCCGAGGCGGCGGCUCCCAGCGCCCGCGGCGCGACCCGCGGAGGAGCAGCCGCCACCACCGCCGCGUUUCCCCGCGGGCGCUGGCGAGCAAUGGACGUGUCCUUCCCGCGAAGUUUUCACGGAUGGGGACGGGACUAGCCGUGACCUGGAUACGCUGGCCGGUGUGUCGGACACCCGCCCCGCUGCCCCCCGCGCCGCUGCUCGCCCCGCGCAAGGCUCCGCGCUGCACUCACUCACCUCCCUUAGGACAUGGUGGCGCGGCGGGGGGGGAAGGCGCGGCCCCCGGCUACUGGCAGCGAACCAUCCGGGAGCCCGCACCGCCACCCAGAGUAGAAAAAAAAAAAAAAAAAAAAAAAGUAAGCGGAGGAAGCACCGGGAGUGCGGCCGGGCGGCGGGAGGGAGCUGCGGCGGCAGGCGGCGGGGUGCCCGCGGCUCGGCUCGGCUCGGCGGACAGCUCCCACCAUGGACGCCUAGGAAAAUGAAUCUGUCAUACAUGCUAGUGUGCCAGCAGCGUUUUGGCUUGAUUCCCUUCUGCCAGCGGGAGCUGCAGUGUGAGGUGCGGGAUCUUCCCAGCAGUGGAAUGUGCUCCUGGCCCUGGUUCAUGUCGUGAUCGACCUGCACUGCCAUGACUGCCAGCAUGCCAAGGUGUGGCAAUUCCACUGUGUGAGCUGAUGGUACUGAUGGCAGUCCUGCACCCUCCCAGUGUACUUGCAGCCUCUGGGAGCUUCUCCCUGACUUCUCCACGCCUUUCCUUGAAGCAUCUCCCCAGUGCAGCAGCACAGUGAUGGUGUUUGCUCUUGGAUAUAUUUUGGCUGUCAUAGCUGCUAUGGGAUUUAGUGACACAGAUCUCUUUACAAAGGUGCUCAACAGCAGCUCAGCUAAGCCAUCCUGGCUUCCCUCCAUAGUGCCUUCGGCAGGAGGGAAGUUACAUGGCCUUACAUGGGAAUGUUGCACAAUGCCCAAGUCAAAUGGUGAUGCUCCUCCUGAAGUCAGCUGUCAUUGCAGGCUCCAUUUUUGCCUGGGAGGUUCUGUCAUAUUUUGGGCAAUGUGUACACGCACAUAGAAGAGCCAGUCCUCCGUCACACUUAAAUUCCCAUGAUUUUGGUAGUAGGUCCAAUACUGAACUACUGUGACUAAGAUGAGAUCCUGGUGCCCAAUUGCACUGCACAAGUGUUUGGAAGCCUGCCUUUGGUUUCAGUGUGACUUUUAUUGUUUCACCCACUUCUUUGCCUUUCCCUGAUGUCCUAGAGAGACUGAUGCACAGCAUGAAGUAUAGCAGGCCUUUGCCAAUGGCCCUAAGUAGGCCAAGCAAGUCCACUCUGCUAUACCAAGAUCCCUGACAAGCCCCUCAAGAGAAGGCAUGUGGGACACCCUCCCAUGGUAUUGCUUCAUGGGACAGGUUGCCCAGUGAAUGCCUUAUCCCUGGAAAUCUUCAAUUGGAUGGGGCCCUGAUUGUGGUUGUGUGAUUGUGGGCAGCAACCCUACCCUUGCUGGGGGGUGGUCUAACUAGAUGAUCUUUAAUGUCCCUUCCAACUCAAAGCAUUCUAGGCUUCAGUGAUCUUGUGCUUGUGGGGCUCAGGUACACGUGAGAAGCUGGAUUUACAGAAUUUCUUCGGCACUGAGAGCCCCGGCCAGAUAUUCAAACAAGUUCAGUUGCUUGCAAAUUUUCUUUUCCAACUAAGAAAAAAAAAAAAGAGUCUGACUAGGACCACAAUGGGAAUUACAUGUCGAGGGCUUUACAGAGAAUUGCCCACUUAGUGCCUCAGCAAGAGGUGGGCGCAUCUGAAAAUUCAGCUCCAGAUGUUGGGCUGAAUACUUGAAAAUUUAACCCGGAUCUCCUUUGAAAAUCUGGUUCUGUGUGAGAACAUCUGUCACUGAAAUGGUAAUCAGACUAUUAUCCAUGUACAAUUUUACCAUUUACAUAUUUUAAUGACUCUUGACUCUUUCAAGCAACUUUGAGAACCGAUUUUCUUCAAGUGCAAGGGAUAUAUUUUCAAAGGCAAACGCAGCUCACACGUUAAAGUUUGUAAAAUCUGUCCCCUGGACCACUGCAAACUGAUCAGGAGCUGUUACCUGGGGCCCCUCUUCUCUUGUGAAUGGGGAUGGUGGAAGUGGGAGGGAGCACAAGGAAUGUCUCUGGAAGUGUCCAGCAAGGAAGCUCCCAGACUCCUGAUUUCCCAGCCAGCUGACUUGUCUACCCUGUGGGGACCAGGGGUAGGGUUCCUACCAAAGCCUGCAGGGAUCAUCCCUGAAUUCUGCGGGCUGCCUUGUGGGAAGGUGCUGAUGCCUGCUUGUGCCAGGGAGGAGUCCAUCUACCACUUCAGUGACUGCAGAGGGCAUGGAGGAGAUUAGCCUUACUCUUCAGGUUUUUGUGAAUCCCUCCCCACUUGCAUCUGGCAGAAUAUCAGGCAACAAAGAGAAUAAACUAAUUCCUGGAAACUCCUCCCUGUACGUUUUCUCUGAAUGGGGCUUUAUAUGGCCAGGGGCAGGCUGAGCCUUGUUCUGGUAAUAAAGGAGGGAAGCCACAGCAGUGCCUUCUUGAGACACUGACUGCAAGCAACAGGCAGGAUUGUCUUUGCUGUUGUAUUCUGCAAACUGCUGACAAAUACACAGGCAUUUUGCUGCAUGAGAAGCAUUUACAUACGUGUUUAUUUGUUUAGCUGACAUCUCCUUUGUUUGCACAAAACAAAAUGUGCAUAUUCAAGUCCCUCAUUGAACACACACCUUUAUCCAAAUUGUAGCAUGCAAAUUGUAGCAUAGCAGGCAUUGAAGAUCUACCACAUAACUUUUAUUAUUGAACAGAUCAGACACAGACAUGCCCAGACCUCAGAGUCCAACUUACGCUUGCUGAGCUGACAGUUCAGAAGGAGAGUAUUUUUUUAUAAACAGUAAAGAGUAUUAUACCUGGAAGUAAAUGAAAUAUAAAUUUUAAGCAGUCUAAUACAUUUUUACAGACACUUUUAACCACACUUUAGGUGAAAUAAUAAGCCUUGCCUUGCUUAGCUGUAAAAUAAAAACCAAAUAUGAACAUACGCCAGUUGUAUAAGCUUCCUAUUACCCUACUUAGUUGCUGCAUUAAUACUCCUUUAAGCAUGACAUUUCACUCAUUUUAUUGCUUCUUUCACAGUUUAUGGUCAAAUAAACACCAUUCAUAUUCACAUAAA